CGUUUACUGCAGAUACACACAAAGAAGAGAAACAGACUAUACGUCAACUGUUUAAACAACCUAGUGUAUGUCCAAUUCAAUGCAAAGCUCUUUAGCAAGAAGAGACAAAUCAGAGAGAAGAAUGUUGAUGCAGUUGAAGAAUGGCUUGUGGGACGUGUACAAUAUAUAGACAGUGAUCUUGGUUUGAUGCUUUCUACUCAAGCUCCAAGAGUAAGAGAUCUUUAUGAUGAUGAUUUUGAAUCUGAAGAAGAAUAUGCUGUAGAUAUGGAGUUUGAACCGGAUGUCUAUCAAGAUAUUCCUACUUUCAGGGAAUCACAACAACAACCUAUUUAGUAAGGAUGAACCCUUGCAAUCAUAGUAUUCUAUUUUUGGCGGUCUGAAGAUCAAGACAAUCUAUUAUUUUGUUUAUCCUAUGAAUUGGAGUUUACUUUGUACUUUUUGUAUCAGAUGUCUAAUGGAAAAUAUAUUUAUCUUGUAUGAUCUUUAAAAAUUUAAUAUAUAUAUUUCUCUAAUAUUUUAGUUAAAUUAUGUUUUAUACUUUAAAAAUACAAUAAAUUAUACAAACACCUAGGCCCUGAGUAUUCCCCGAUUAAUCUCUGAUUUUCCAUAAAUCGCUAGGCGUGAGCCGGCCGCCCGGCUAACGCCUAGCGUAAUUCCGAAUGGAGGUUAUAAUAAAGUUAUUUAUUAUGGUUUUUGAGUGCUACCGUGAAUGUAUUUUAUGAUUCAUCAAUUUUUGACAUAAAGUCAUCUUAAAUGUAUGUGUUGUUACAAACAAAUAUUUUCUAUAGACUAUAGUCACAUAUAUUGUACCGUAGGUAAUUGAAUUUGACGGUCUGUGAUAGCAUUUUCUUUAACAUUGGAAAAAUAAGAACAUACAUAAAACAGAAUGCUAGAUUUUUUUCGGCUCAAUGAGGCCAACAUACAUAUUCUUGACGUAAAUUAGGUGAUCGUGCUUUCUUUUUAGGGAAGUUUACUAAAACGAGUCAAAUUACUUGAGUUAUUACUAGAAUAAAUCUUAAAAGUUCAAAAUUACUAAAAUAUUUUUAUGGUCGAAAAUGUCCUUUUUUACAGUUGUGAGCAGAAAGGUAUAUUACAAAAUUGCCAUUUAAAUUUUGAAAAAAAAUUCAUCGGCAGAUUUAUUUGACAAAAAAACAAAUCUAUUGUGAUAUAAAUCUGUUAAUUAAACCUGCUGUUAAAUUUAUAUCUGCCGUGUAUUUGGUAGCAGACUUUUAAGUUACAACAGAUUUUUUAAAGAUGGCUGAUUUAUCUGUCCGAUUUAAUGUCGUCAAUAGAUUUAUCUGUUUUAGUCUAUCGAAUGAAGUGACAGAUUUUUUAAAAUUGGCAGUUUUAUAUCGUAUCAGUUAGAUUUUUUAGACCGAUUUAAAAUUACCUUCAACCGACUUUUUAAGAGUAAUAGACAUAAAUUUUUAUGAAAGAUAUGUUUAUCCGAUUUAAAUUUCUGGUCGACUUUUAUAUUCAUUUAGUGGCAGAUUUUUAAAAUUGUCAUCUUUGACGGCCGACUUUUAAAUCAAAUUUUAAUUACCAGAUUAAGACACACUUAUUGUAGCAGACUUAUCCACUCGAAUUUCUGGUUAAAUUCACUAAGAUUUCGGUUUGGUAUAACUUGGUUCAGUUUAGAUUAUUUUUGGUUUAAAUGAAUUUUUAAUUUUGGUUGGAAUCAAUUUGUUUUUGUUUUAAAUUAAUUUAAACCUCCGGUUAAAACAGUUUUAAAAGUUGGUUUAAGUUAAGAAUCAGAUUACACCACGUUUCCAAUUAGGUUAUACGUUCUCUGUCGUCUUCUUCUUCUUGUUACCUCUGAUUCAUAAAUUUUGGGUCCACUUUCAUGGGGAUCUACAACGGUAUCUUUUAAUUCAUAUUGAUAGGAGAAUAAUGGAUCACAUGAUUCUCGUCUCUGGGAAGUGGAAAGUUGAGGAAACUAAGUGGUUAUUUGAAGUAGACAAUGAUCGAGGUAGCAUAAUAGUUGCUGCGAAUGAGGACACUCGAUUUGAGGACUUUGUGAAAAUCAUAUUUGAGGAUUAUGGAGUUGAUUUUGCAGAAAACGACUUGGAACUGAGGUACCUUUUUCCGAAGCAGAAUCUACACAAUCAAAGCAUCAAUACACCACCUGUGAAAAUAGGAAACGAUAGGCAGUUUCAUGCAUUCUUGGGUGUUUGCAAAGUCGAGAACGUUCGGCUAUGUGUGGAGCUUAAAUUGAAAAAAAUUGUUGGAGAAGGAGCUGGUGAAGAUCAGAAACAACCCAUACAUGGAGAUGACUCGUUGUCUGAAGACGUAGAAGAUACGGACGAAGAGGGUGAUCGAUUCGAUUACUGCGAUGAUUCUGAUGGAGCAACAUCUGAUGAUGAAAACUUUACUACAUACGGGCUUCAACCAAACCAUGUAGAAGAGGUUCAUGGAUCGUCUACAAAUCUGAUUUAUGCAAGAAAGACAGAAGAAAGAGACUCUCCAAUGAGUAUGUCCGAUUUGCGCUCAUUCAAAUUUGACGUGGGGCAGAGUUACGAUUCAAAAGAUGCAUUGGAGACACGUCUGAAGAUAUGUUCAGUUGUCCACAAGUUUGAUUUUGAUGUCAUUGCAUCAACGCGGACACUGCUCUUUGUAAAAUGUUGGCUAAAAGGAUGUACAUGGAAGCUAAGAGCUACGCCAGUAGGUAACUCUUUCAAGUUUACAGUCCGAAUAUUUGUAGAUGAACAUACCUGCUCCAUAACAGAACGCUCAUCUCGUUCCAGACAAGCUACUCCCGAGAUUCUUGGACUCUUGUACAAAGACUAUAUUGGUGGGGUUGAUCCAUCAAUUUUGCCACGUCAUGUUUCUAGUGCUAUGAACAUGAGCUUCGAAAUCAAGGUUGAAUAAACUUGUGCUUCAAAUAUAGUCUCUUCUCCAGCCUUUACUUCCUUUUAAAUGGGUUACUGUUUAUUGUUUAUUGCAGAUGGAUUACUGGAAAUCUCAUCGUACACUUAUAGUUGCUAGAGAUCUCGUAAUGGGUUCAGCAGAGAGUGGAUAUGAGGAAUUACCUACUUACCUGCACAUGAUUAGAAUGUCAAAUCCAGGGACUUUAACUCGACUGGAAGUUAAUACAAACAACAGAUUUAAGUACUUAUUCCUUGCAUUCGGCGCUAGCAUUGCUGGAUUUCCAUAUAUGAGGAAGAUUGUCGUGGUUAAUGGAACAUUUUUGCAAGGGAAAUACAAAGGAAUACUUCUGAU